GUGCUCCUUCGCUUUCGUCUCAGGGACUUGUAGUUUUUGGAGCUCCCCGCUCGGCCGCUUGGUAGAGGCCUUUGAGAGAGGAAAACUACAGUUCCCUCGCAGCUCCACAGAGGUGUAAGUUGUCAAUAUGGCUGUUGUCAGACAGACAAAGCAGAAAGGCAAAUAAUUCGCCUCUGAUCAGAAAUCCUUGGAAAGGGGUCGGACGGGGCACUGUUACCAUAUCGCUCCAUUGUUCCGCUGCAGUGGGCACACCGCGCAUCGUUGCUCACUGUCAACUUAAAUGGUACUGUGACUGGAAAGAGAGUGAGUUGUGUCUUAUGCCCUGCAGCAGGAUGACUGAGUUGAGCGAGGAGCCACGCUUCACUAUUGAACAGAUAGAUUUGCUGCAGCGCUUGCGUCGCUCGGGGAUGACCAAGCAGGAGAUCCUUCAUGCGCUGGACACUCUGGACCGGCUGGACCGGGAGCAUGGGGACAAGUUUGGCCGCCGAACCUCUUCCUCCUCUUCUUCCUCUUCCUUGUAUGGUGUAGUGGGUGGGGCCAACAACUGCACCAACAACUCUGCCUCCAACAGCGCCACAGCGUUCAACAACAACACUGCCUCGUCUGCCUCCUCUGCGUGUAACGGUAACAGCACCAGUGAAGCCAAUGCCACUGACCUCUCGACCUCCGCCAAAAUCUCCACCUCCACCCAGACACAGUACGCCAACAGUGGGGCGCAUUCUCCGUCACCCAGUAACAGCUAUGACACAUCUCCUCCUCCAGGCCCACCCCCUCCGUCGGCAAUCUUGCCUUCGCCCGUGUCACUAGUGGCACUGGCACAGAAUGGGCGGGACAGCCUGGCCGCCACACCCAACGGUAAACUGUCCCCACCUCGUUACCCGGUAAACAGUGCAGCUGCGGCGCGGGCCUUUGGGUUUGAGCCCACGGAAGAGGACCUGGAUAUCGAUGACAAGGUGGAGGAGCUUGUGAGGAGGGAGAGCAGUCUGGUGAAGGAGGAGAUCAAGGCCUUUUUGGGGAACAGGAGAAUCUCUCAGGCCGUGGUGGCACAGGUGACUGGUAUUAGCCAGAGCCGGAUCUCUCAUUGGCUGUUGCAGCAUGGGUCAGACUUGAGUGAGCAGAAGAAAAGGGCCUUUUAUCGCUGGUACAUUCUGGAGAAGACCACACCAGGUGCCACUCUGAACAUGCGUCCUGCCCCUCUGGCCCUGGAGGACAUGGAAUGGAGACAGACUCCGCCUCCUCUUGCCACAGGCCCUGGAGCCUUCCGCCUGCGCCGGGGCAGUCGCUUCACCUGGAGGAAGGAGUGUCUGGCCGUCAUGGAGAGCUACUUCAAUGACAACCAGUAUCCAGACGAGGCCAAGAGGGAGGAGAUUGCCAACGCCUGCAACGCUGUCAUCCAGAAACCAGGGAAGAAGCUGUCUGAUCUGGAGCGGGUCACCUCCCUGAAGGUUUACAACUGGUUUGCCAACCGCCGCAAAGAGAUCAAGAGACGCGCCAACAUUGAAGCCACAAUCCUGGAGAGCCAUGGGAUCGAUGUCCAGAGUCCAGGAGGCCACUCCAACAGCGAUGACAUCGACGGCAACGACUUCUCCGAACACGCCUGUGACCUGCCAUACUUUGACAAGAGACCUCUGAGCCGACCGUUUGGCAUUUACCGACUGGAGCCCACCUCACCAACACAGGAGGAGAACGCGGCACACACAGAGCACCAGGAUCCCAUCUCUCUGGCCGUGGAGAUGGCUGCAGUGAAUCACACCAUCCUGGCCCUGUCCCGGACCGGAGGUGUGCCCAGCGACAUCAAGACCGAAGCUCUGGAGGACGAAUGAGCACCUCAGGGGGACUACGGGGCGCACGGGUCCAAACAGCAGGGGCUCAAAGACAUCUCUCUCCUCUUAGUAAAAACAUAUAGGCCCGCCUCUAUGUAUAAACAGUCGUAUCUGCAGUCAUGAUAUCACCACACGGGACAGCGAAACGGGUCUGUCCGUAUCAACUCUACUCCUCAUCCACUCAAUACCUCUCUCUCUGCACACAUGCUUUGAGUCUCAAGGAACUAUCCAACUCAAACUCGGGAUAAAAGGCUACGUCCACACUAAUGCGUUUUCACGUUUAUAUAAAAUUAAAUUAAAAACUAUAGAAAAUAAAGAGGAUGGUUUAAUGAUAUCCAGCCUAGAAAACUUUUUAUGAACAUAUCAGGUCAUGUUUUCUUUAGAUCAUUUUGGCCAGUUGGUCCAUCUUGGCAAAAUUCAGGAUAGGCUGAUACUGUUGCUUUACAAUAAAUAACUAUUUCCUCAAGGUGGUUCUGUGGAUCAGACCAUCUGGCUUGUCAGGGUUUAUUUUUAAAUAUUUUUUAUUCAUAAAGUACUUUUUUGGAUUUCUGUUUUGCACCAACUUGCCGCUUGGUUUCACACUUUUUCUUGGUAGGAAAAUAACUUCUUACAGCCUUCUACAACACUUACAGAAUUAUUCUUAUCUUGGCCAACCGCCCAAAAUGUUAUACAAAUUAUGAGCCUUUUCCCUGUUGAUAAGAGUUGUAGUAUAUUGUACCAUUUAUUCUUAAAGCAAAAAUAUGUGAACCUAUGAAAUGGUCUAAAGCCUGUAGCAAUGAGCUUUGGGUAAUACCCUGUUAUGACAUAUCUUUCCCUUUGUGUAUUGAGGAGGGAAGGAGGAAGAAUAGAACCUUUUUGGUUUGCUAAUAUUUUUCAGGGGAAUGGGUAGGGCAAGGGGCACCUAAAAAUCAUAUCUAGGAGACAAUCAAAAGCCAAAAUGUUUAAUGCAGUGUAUUAAAAUAUUGCAUUGUCUUAUUAGCAUUAAAGUUUCUGGACAUGUUUUUUUUUUUUUUUAUUUAACCAAGACUGCAGCUGUAAAUGAAUGUGCAUUAAUGUGGACGUAACCUUAAAAAAAGCCAAGGAGCGAAGCAUGUUUUGUCCUCUCCUGCUCACCGGAUACCUCUCUUAUCUCCCUCAGUCUGAGCCAGCCCUCAGAACACCUCAGUAGACCUCAGAUAUAGCUGUACUGUAAAUAUUAUCAAUAACUACAGUUCUCAGUCUCACUCGCGUACAACGACCUACCUACUUUACCUGCUCUGUCACCUCCUCACGGACCUGCCCUCCUCAUCAUUCCACACUGGAAGAGCUGCUCGGGGUCAAAGGUCAAACUGCGGCUGACUGCGAAUCUAAACUCCAAUAAUAAUGACCUCACAGAACCACUAUGAAAAGGCAUCAGAAGACAUGCAAAGACAUUACUGUAAAAGAGAAAACAUGACUGUGGAUGGCAGCCAGCAGCAGGUUUCACUGAAGCUGAGUCCAGAUGGGGAUUGGAUGUACAAUCAUUUUGCCUUGGUAUUUAGCUUCCCAGUUAUGCUAUUGUAAAGUACUUUGGAAAUCACUUUUAGGGUCAAUGUGAUAAUCAAGCUAAUUUAAGUUGUAUAAGGAUGGGGUUUGUGCUUUGCUUCAUGCUGUUCAUGCCAAAGGAAAGACCGUAGCGACAGAGUCUUAAGAGCCCAGCUCCUUUGGUGUGUCUACAGCAGGCCUGUGUCGCACACUUAGACGUUUAGCAGCCACUUAUAUGAAUAAUACUGAACCUGCUCUUUAAUACUGUGUGUGACGAUGCCUCUUUAUACUAGCCUCAGAGCGCUUCUGUUUUAGACUGUCACUGGGACAGAGCUCUGCCUCAAAGGGACCGGUCUGAGGUUCCUAAUCAAACUCAGAGGGAGUCCCACGGAGUGGUCCCACAAAGGGGCCGUAUAGAGGGCCCCUACAGACAGAUGAGUGGUCCAAGAGCCUGCCCGGUGGCGUGUGUGUUAGCGAUGAGGCUGUUACUGUUUCACUUGUAAAGUGUGAGCACUUUCAGUCCCAGACUGAGAUUUGGGUCAGGCCUAAGGUCCAUAGUGUGUUUAAAUGUGUUGGUCUCAAAGACUCCAGGUCCUUAUGCUAAAGAUGAGCUGCAUAGGAUGUUGGCAGAAGAGCGCCUGGUCUGACAGGUGGCACCAGCUCAGAGCUGUUUGCUGUUCUGUCAGACGCUAAGUUAAGUUAGCAUUUCCCACUUUUUAUUUACACAAGUGGUAAGCUAACAGAGCUGUCAAAAUAUAGUGCCAAGCUACAGUCUCUGUUGCCUCAUCUUUGACAUAUAAAUGUAACUUUUCAGGAUCCGCAGUAUAGUAUGCUAAUAAGUAUGUAAAAGUAUCCAAGUAUUCCUCAAAUCCCCGACUUUACCAAACGGGUUAGCUUGAACAAGCUUCAGCUCACAAAGGGGACCUGUGUUUGAAAGGAAAGAGUGAAAUGAUAAAACAUGUGUAUUUAUACUCAUUUUUAUUGUGAUGUACAAAAAGAAUGACAUGUUUUGAAAUUAGUCAUGCUUUAAUGUUAAAUUAAUCACUUUUUUUAUUUUACACUUUUUCAAUUAUUUUUUAUUUUUAAACAUACUUGACUGAACAGCAGUCUCCCCGUCUAGUAUUGGUAAGCUAUUUGUGAAAAUGAAUGAUGACGCACCUUAUGAAAACUAAAGCUUGAAUGAAGCCCGUAAGCUUUUAAUAUAAUGAAUCAGUAAAAUCUUCACAUGCCACACCAAACUCUUUAAAAGCUCAUAUCCGAUUGGCUACCUGUAACCCAUAGCAACCUUUGUCUCACCUGUAUCGCCCGAGAAGGGAAAAACUGACACCAAACUUGACUUUGAUUGUAAAAGCUGAUUACAAAAAUGAUUUCCAAAUGAAUGAAACAUAUCUCCAACUACUUAAAGACUUAAGUCAUCUAUCACUAUCCCUAAUGAUGAUCAAAAAGAUGAAUGAAAUGUCUCCCCCUCCUAAUAAAAGUUGAAAAAACAAACAAAACUUAAAUGUUUUGGUUGAUUUAAGUUUGUAUAGAAAUUUGAAAUAUUUGAUCAAUAAUUGUACCAAAGUUGAUUAUGUGAAUUUUUGACAUGUCUAAGCUUUAAGAUGAAGGCACAUUUUAUGUGGUCAGAUUUUCAGGAAAAACAUCAAUACGUGCACUUUUAUGGAGUCUGGUGUGACAUUGUAAUAGGUAGGCUAAUAUAGUAAGGGACACAUCAUUUAAUUAGCUGUGAGAGUGCAUUUUGAGAUUACAAAACAAAAGACACUUUAAAUUGCCUUUGUCUGACUAUUAGCACGUCUAUGGUAGAAUCCAGCAGUAUUUAAUGUGGUUUGAACUGACAUGGGACACACUGGGGGCCUCACUGGUGUUGUAAUGUUCACGUGUGCUCAGUAGGGGGCGUCUUCUCAUGGUGUGUCAGGGUCAAACAUGUCCACGCACCCCGUCCACGUGCCGCUCCCACAUCCCAAACUCAGCAGAAGACUGGACGCUAACUCGUAACUCUUUAAGUUCUUAUUACUGUAAUUGCCCAUUUCAGAAUUUAGUGCCUUUUUUGGACAGUAGACUGUUCUGUAAUUAAGAUGUAGUAUAUAAACAUUUUUUGUACAGUUUCUUUGUUCAUUUUUAACUUGUGUUUAUUUUAGUAUGAUAUAUAAAAUGUACAAGAGAAUAAAGCUAUAUCAAUGA